AUGUUGCAUAGUCGGGCAGCAAGAGUGCUCCAGCGCUCGGGGUCCGAAGCGCAGAUGCAACAACUCCGUGCACAGCAUCACAAGCGGUAUAGCAUGGCUUCCCCAACGAUUUCGCAGGUGCCGGACUUCAGCAAGUAUUUCCCGACCUGGCCGGUUACAGAGCUGGCGCCAUUCAUCAAUGAGGUUAUGCGGGCAUACCCACGGAACUCCAAAUACGUCAACCAGCAGCACUACUACCACAACCGCAAGGUGCUGGUAGAGCGGUACCUGCAGCGCCAGCCGCACGCGGUGUCGCUGAAGCACCUGGCGCAGUACUACGACGACUCGAACCGGCUGACGAAGCAGAAGGUGAUCCGGUCGGGGCAGUUUGCGAAGGAGGAGCUGACGGUGCGGAUGGCGCACAAGCUGCGGGAGCUGCAGGACCUGCCAUUCAACGUGGUGAACAACUUCCACUUCGUGCAGGUGUACGAGUCGUACUACAACAUCUUCGAGCGGUUCCGGCGGUUCCCGGCGAUCCGCACGCUGGAGGACAACGAGCGCUUUGCGGAGCUCCUGCACCAGAUCAUGAGCGACUUCAACAGCCUAAACCUGCCGCACCUGAUCAUGGGCGCGCUGGAGAGCUGCAUCCUGGACCUAUACCCGCAGGACGCGAUGGACCGGCUUAUGUCGAGCUUCCUGCGCGCGCGCAUCUCGCGGCGCCUGAUCGUCGAGGAGCACCUCAGCGUCACGUCCAACUACAUGAGCGGCAAGAGCGAGAACACGCUCGUCCUCGGCGACAUCUUCCAGGAGUGCAGCGCGCGCGAGUACCUGCUGCAUGCCGCGCGGAUCUGCGAGAAUGCGAUCCGCGACAUGUUCUACCCCGACAUCCCCCUACCGGACUUCAUCAUCGACGGCUGCGCGGACCUGCGCUUUUACUUCCUCCCGUCCCAGCUGCAUUAUCUCUUCGGCGAGACCUUACGCAACAGCUACGAGGCCACUGUGAAGGAGGCCAUCCGCCGCGGCCUGCCGAAGCCCGACCCCAUUACCGUCACCGUCGUGCAGAACCCCGAAAGCUACCUCUUCCGCAUCAGCGACCGCGGCGGCGGCAUCCCCCACCCCGACCGCACCAUCUGGUCCUUCGGCAAGUCCAAACUCCUGGCCCAGCAGGCCCUCGACAACUUCCACAAGCUCCCCGGCGCCCAGACCGUGUCACUGUACGACCAUAUGUACGACGCCGACGCCCGCCGCGUCGCGGCCGCCUGCAAGCUCUCCAACACCUCGCUGCAGUCCAUGGCUGAGACCAACCUCACGAAGGGCCGCUAUAAGUUUGACUUCCCCCGCCCACUCGUGGGCCUGCUCGAACGCCCGUUCCGCUACAAGCUGGGCAUUGGCCUGGCGAUGUGCAAGGUCUACGCGGAGUACUGGAACGGCGACCUCACCGUCCACUCCAUACACGGCCAUGGUACCGACACCGUCCUGAAGCUGGGCAACCUGAUGUACCACACCGACCACCUCCAGCUCGAUCGAGUCUGA